AGCGGCUGGGAGAGGUGAGGGACUUGCUUGAAGGAAAUAUCAAUCGAUCAGAAAAAGGGCUUGCCCUUGGAAUUGCGGCCCUCUUCGAAUGUCUGACACAGGGCUUGCGACCGACUCGUCGAAGCACGAUCUCAAGGCAGCAGGAUUUCCCGGCUCUCAAUGAUUGAUCGCCAACUCAUACGCCUCGUGGACUCGGCGCCUUUCACCCGGCUCAUCGACUAUGCCGUCUAUACUGCCGCUCGCCUACAAUUUGCCUUGGACUACAACAGCCUCACCAUUGCCGAGCGAACUGCAUAUACGAACAACAUCUUUGAAACUUGCAAGAAAAGCACGAUCAAAGACGGCAACCCUACUACUAUUGCGAAUCUGAAAAAGGCGUUCAAGACCCGCCACCGCAAGGAUGUCACGAGCAGGAAUCAUCUUUUAAAAUUAUACAAGAUGUUUGGUGUCUCGGUGUUUUUGGACCCGUCUCUGGAGAUUCGAACCAAGAGUGGUGCUCCCGCCUUUAGCGAAACCUAUGUGACGACCAUCGACCUACUUGAGCAAGGCCUCAGACCGUUCUCUGAAUACCUAGACAAAGUGGACCAACAGAAUCGUGUCUUUUUGUUCAAUUUUCUGCGAGCCGCUGGUACUCUUGCUGUUUACAAUUUCAUUAAAAACUUUGUAGAGACUUUUGACCGAAACUAGACUGUAAACG